AAAAAGGAAGAUACAAAUCACAGGUAAAGCGUAGAAGUGCAUCGAAUUUCAACAUUGUUGCUCUCAUUCUGAAUCCAGACAAACCGAAAAUCUGUGCUUUUUGCCACUCAAUUUAUUCCCCUCUCUCUUUAAGGUUUCCUAAAGAUGGGACUAGCUCUGGGUUGUCUUCAAGUCGAACAAUCAACAGUAGCGAUCCGAGAAGUUUUUGGAAAAUAUGAGGAUGUGCUUGAACCUGGUUGCCACUGUGUGCCCUGGUUCAUGGGUAGACAAAUAGCUGGUUACCUUUCUUUGCGUGUGCAGCAACUAGAUGUUCACUGCGAAACCAAGACAAAGGACAAUGUUUUUGUGACUGUGGUUGCUUCUGUCCAAUUUCGAGCAAUGGCAGAAAAGGCGGUGGAUGCUUUUUACAAACUUACCAAUACCAGAGAACAGAUCCAAGCCUAUGUCUUUGAUGUUAUUCGGGCAACCGUUCCUAAAAUGGAACUAGAUUCUUCUUUUGAACAGAAGAAUGAUAUUGCAAAAGCCGUUGAGGAAGAGCUUGAAAAGGCGAUGUCUGCUUAUGGCUAUGAGAUAGUUCAGACUCUCAUUGUCGAUAUUGAACCCGAUGAGCAUGUGAAAAGAGCUAUGAAUGAGAUAAAUGCUGCUGCAAGACUUAGAUUGGCUGCCAAUGAGAAAGCUGAAGCAGAGAAGAUUCUGUACAUCAAAAGGGCAGAGGGCGACGCAGAAUCAAAGUAUCUAGCUGGGCUUGGAAUAGCUCGUCAGCGUCAAGCCAUAGUGGACGGGCUGAGGGACAGUGUCGUUGCAUUUGCAGAGAAUGUCCCAGGGACAUCAUCAAAGGAUGUCAUGGACAUGGUUCUUGUGACUCAAUAUUUUGACACGCUGAAGGAGAUUGGCGCAUCGUCAAAAUCCAAUUCGGUUUUUGUUCCACACGGACCGGGUGCUGUGAAAGAUAUUGCUUCACAAGUCAGAGAGGGUCUUCUCCAAGGAAAUGUUGCCGGGCGUUGAAGUUUCAAACUUCACAUCAUCAAAACUUUGAGAAUUUAUAUUCUAAACUCCGUUGAGUAUCUAUCGAUUUGAUGCAACCAACAACCAAAAACUAAGUCUUAUCCUAUUAAGUGAGAUCGGUUACAUGAAUCAAUUCUAUCAUAAUGUUCUAUUCAGGAUGAUACUUCUAUCUAUCGAUUUUGUCAAUCACUUUAAAGUUAUAACUAGUUUGGGAUGUUUAUAUUCCCUUA